AACUCUUGGAGGAUCGUUCCCCAACAAGUAGUACCUCCCCUCCUCGUCAGCAACGCGUGCACCAUGAGGAUUAUAUUAUUGGUAAUCCCGGCGUGUCUGCUCGUCCUAACGGAAGCACGGCGAACGCAGAUCCGGCCUCGCGUGACAGGACCUCAAGUGUAUUACGAGGAAGAGGACAAUCAGGCCGCCGAGGACGAAUUCGACACUGUGGCGGUUUAUCAGCCGCGCACUCGCGCGCUUCCUUCGCCACGGUCUAAGGAUGCGCUGCACGGAUCAAAGCCGCCACCAGUACAGACAAUCAGGAAUUAUAAUAAGGUUAAUGACGACGGAUCCUUCACCUUCGGCUACGAGGCGGCCGACGGUUCCUUCAAGGAGGAAACCCGCGGUACCGAUUGCGUCGUGCGCGGCAAAUACGGCUACAUUGAUCCGGACGGCAAUAAAAGAGAGUUCACCUAUGUUUCGGGCAACCCUUGUGACCCGAACGCACCGAAGGAUGAAGAAGAAGAAGAACCCGAAAAGGAGGAGGAGGAGCUCUCUGGACCGGCGAAUUAUCCCGUGGUCAGGCCUAUACCUCGACCUGUCUCAGUGAGACCCACGUAUCAACCGACUACUACUCGUGCACCCACCACGAUUUUCCAAACCGAGUAUCAGCUCGACGAUGAUGCCAGCCAAGAACUGACUGAGGAUGAUCUGAAGCCGCAGCUGCGACCAUCAGCCUUUAGAAGACCUUCGACCUUAGUGCAAGUCACGCCCUCCACCGCCAUUUAUGAAUCUUCGCCGUCCUCGAGUCCGUCUCUUUUUAGGCUAGCUUCCACCCCGGCCCAAUAUCAAACUACUGCGACGCCCGUCCUCCGUAGCCAGCCUACAGUCACUUCAAGCGUCUAUCAAUCGCUCGAGACCACCACUCGCCGACCGGUGACCCGCCAUCCCUCAGUCAGGGCCCAGUCGGUUGCAAUAACCCCACGACCCCACGUCGCCCAAGUAGCCGCGCAAUAUGUCUCCCCUAGUAGCACGGAACGUCCCGACAGUCUGCUCUACGCCCAGACCCAUCCCACGAUAUCACCAUUGCGCACUACGACCACCGCUAAUGCGCCCCAUCUCGACUUUGCCGCCGAACUCGAGCGUUACGUGAACACGGUCGGCUCGCACGUUUCCGCAGCCCCUGUUGCGAGGCCCCAGACCGUCCAAGCAUCGCCCCAACCCACUUCGAGAGUUAAGUUGACCGGUCAGACGUCGGUCACCGCCGCCUCCGCAGCCGCUGAGCCCAUCUACCAAUCGGAGCUCGUGUAUGAUCCCGCGACCGGUCAGUACAAUACCCAGCUUUAUCAGACACUACCCCAAACCGUGGGUGACUUUAGCCUCAGUCACAAACUCCAACCGUUCGUAGCCCAGCCCCAGUCCUUCCUCGGUCUGCAGCAGCUGCAGCAGUACCAGCAGGCCCAGCGUCCGGUCUAUAAGCAGGCCCAGUCGGCGCCCACCCCGACCAUAGCCCAGCCCCAGGAGGUGCUCUACAGGAAGCAGCAGGCCCAGUUGUUGCAGCAAUCCCACCAGCUCUACGCGCAGCAACAACGUCGUCAGCAGCAGCAGCAGCAGCAGCAGCAACAGCAGCAUCCACAGCAGCAACAAACUCACAGGCUCCAGCUGCUGGAAUCGCAGAGAGAACCCCAGGCGUUCUAUUACGUCGCGCCCUUGAAGGCCUCCGCUGCCCCUACGUCUCUUGCAGUAGGUCAGAUCGAUCAGUUUCUCCGAGGUAGCCGCGCUAAUAACUACUGAUGCAAUCUGAGUCGCGAUUCCUAAGAGAUCUUUCUAGGAUCCUCGAAUCGUCCCUCGUCGAUAUUUAUCAUUUGGUAUUGCCUCGAGCGUCCCUCGCGAGCUAAACCGCCGAGAAUUUCGCGCCGAUUACAUCAUAACGUCGGCCCGUGCGUACACAGAGGGUAUUACAAUAUAAGUACAUGCAUUAUAUAUAAAGUAUAAUAUCUCAUGUGGCGCCGAAGCUGGGAUCAAAUAUAUCGCCGAGUGAAUGGCACACACGAGCGCUUCGAUGCAUGCGUUGCACGCGGGGGAAUGCGUGUGCGGUAUAUAUUUAAUAUAAUCAGCGCGACGCGAGAAAGGCGCACGAACAUGAUUGCGAUGAAAAAUAUCGCGAUAAAGACCGUAGAUUUUUACCGUAAUCGCGCGUUGUAGGAAACACAGACUUUCUGAGAAACAUUCAAAGUUUAUUAUUACAAACGGAUCUUGCGGUCUUCCUGUAAUUCUUAUUUUGCAGUAACAUGGGAUUUUCUGAAUUACCUUGUUCUCGAUAGCGCUUUCAUGCUUUGAUAGUCCCGUACGUAAUUGUAUAUAUAUAUAUAUAUAUAACGCUCGCUUUUUCGUCCAAUGCGUGUCUCAAAGCGUUCUUGCGCUAUCCGCUCGUCUCGGCUAACGCGCAAACAAUAAUAUUAUCCGUCGACGAUGCAAUCGGAGAACGAAGGUUAAAGAGAUUAAAGUAUGUGAUAUUGGAUGGAGGAACCGCGCGCGUACGAUUACAUGGACAGUGUAACUCGUAACAAUAAUGGAGAGCCAUAGUGACAAAACGUUAUACGUGAUAAAAUUUAAAUCCUCUUUGUUUAAUAUUGUUUAAAUCCUCUCAGCUAAUCAUAUCUUUUUAUUUUUUUUCCACGAUUUCUCAGUUAAAUAAUCUCAUCAUAAAUCUCAUUUCCUCCAAACACACAACAAGAAAAGAAUUAUUCGAGCAAGCCUCAUCGUUUCGGGAACUGACAACUUGUUGAAACAAUGCGUUCAUUAAAAGUAGUGAAAUUUUAUUUUUUCGCGCGUCGAGUUGACAUCGAACGUGGUUCCUUCCGUUUCUCAGACCGAUUCCGAGAACACCUCUCUUUUCACUCUGGUAUCGUGCACGUUUAUGAGGCAUGUUAGAGAGUGAAAGCCAACGACCUGACGCAAUACUCAUGCACGCAUAUACGAUGUAUUACCGUGGCAAUUUCUCGCGAGUCCCUAACACCGUACUGUCGUAAAGGUAUCCACAGAGGUUUCGCGAUACAAACGAAACACUUCGUCGCGCGGCUGCGGACCUUUUAUUCGCGACCCCGUAAGCCUGAGCCACGUAAUAAUGCUAGACUCGAUUACAAAAUGUCGAUCCAGUGCAACAUCGAGUCGCAUGAAAGGCGAGUGAGACACGAUCAAGUACAGAAGGGGAUAAUUAGUCGAAUCAAAUCAGUUGGUGUUUCGAUAUACUUUUGAUUAUUUAGACACACAAUGUUGCACUUCCAUACUAUCGUGUCAUAUAAUGCAUAGAAUUCAUCGUGAUAUAAAAGUUUGCAAUUGAUUUGUUGCUUCAUUCUCGCCUAUUCUAAUCUUUUACUCAAACAUCUAAUCGUG